AUGAUGUCACCUGAUAUUGGAGGAGGAAGGGAAUGCUAAUAUUUACAACCCCUGGCUUGUCAAUAAUUGUAUCGUGAGAACGGAUUGAUUGAGUUGCUGAUUCCACAGUAUCUGAACGGAAGAGUGGACAACGGGGAGGGGGGGGGGGGACUAAAUGACCCCUCCUCACACACAGGUUCGUGUGAAGUGUGGCCUGCCCCGCCGGGUCUCGGCAGUUAGCAGUGACUCGAGGAGCUCGGGAACACUCCACAGUUCACCUGGUUGGAACACAGUGUCCUGAUGGAAUGGGUAUUCAUCAUGAACCGGAUGAGCUCUCAGGGUAGCUCUGCGGCCCAGCGGAGGCGCAUGGCCCUGGGCGUGGUGAUCCUCCUGCUGGUGGAUGUCAUCUGGGUGGUCUCCUCGGAGCUAACCUCAUACAUUUUCAAGCGACAGGAGUACAACAAACCCUUCUUCAGCACGUUCACCAAGACCUCCAUGUUUGUGCUGUACCUGCUGGGCUUCUUGCUGUGGCGGCCCUGGAGGCAGCAGUGCACAGGCACUCUGAAACGGCGGCACUCUGCGUUUUUUGCUGAUGCCGAGGCCUACUUUGCACCUUGUACCACUGACACUACUGUGAACAACCGUUUGAGUGAACCACUGUAUGUGCCGGUGAAGUUCCAGGAUGUACCUGCUGAACACUCACAAUUUUUAAUUGGAGACUAUGAAUCUUCAGCUUCCAAAAAGCACCGGGUGCGUUUCAGUAAUGUGAUGGAGGUGCGUCAGCUGCCCUCCACUCAGGCUCUGGAGGCCAAGCUGUCCCGCAUGUCCUACCCUGCCGCCAAGGACCAUGAAGCCAUGUUGCGCACAGUGGGCAAGCUAACCAUCACCGAUGUGGCAAAAAUCAGCUUCUUCUUCUGCUUUGUGUGGUUCCUGGCCAACCUGUCCUACCAGGAAGCCCUGUCCGACAUGCAGGUUGCAAUUGUCAACAUUUUGUCAUCCACCUCAGGCCUGUUCACGCUCAUUUUGGCUGCCAUAUUUCCCAGCAGCAGCAGCGACCGCUUCACAUUGUCCAAACUGCUGGUCGUGGCUCUGAGCAUGGGAGGUGUGACCCUGGUGAGCUUCUCCAGCAUGGACAACCCUGAUGAAAAAGGUUUCAUAGGUUCCUUGUGGUCACUGGCUGGGGCGAUUCUUUACGCAGUCUACAUUGUGAUGAUAAAGAGACGAGUGGAUCGAGAGGAUAAGCUUGACAUUCCCAUGUUCUUUGGGUUCGUGGGUCUGUUCAACCUGCUGCUGCUGUGGCCGGGCUUCCUCCUGCUUCAUUAUACAGGCUUCGAGGCCUUCGAGCUCCCCAGUCAACUGGUGUGGACCUACAUCCUCAUCAACGGCCUCAUUGGCACCGUUCUCUCAGAGUUCCUCUGGCUCUGGGGCUGUUUCCUCACGUCAUCUCUAAUCGGAACUCUCUCGUUGAGCCUCACUAUCCCGCUCUCCAUCUUGGCCGACAUUUAUAUGCAGAAGGUGCGUUUCUCGUGGCUGUUCUUUGCUGGGGCAGUCCCCGUCUUCCUCUCCUUUAUCAUCGCCACGAUGCUGUGCCACUACAACAACUGGGACCCCGUCCUGGUCGGACUGAGGAGAGUAUACGCCUUCAUUUGCAGGAAACAUCGCAUUCAGAGACUGCCAGAAGACAGCGAGCAGUGCGAAAGCCUUAUUCCUCUACACACCGUCUCGCCCAACGAAGGAGGUUUCUGUUCGUGAUCCAACAGUCAAAUGUGUGGAUCUGGCCGAGCUGACAAUCUGAAAGCUCUCUGAGACGUUGAACUACCCCAGUGCCUCGUAUUCAAACUUAUUUAUUUUCUACAGUGUUGAGACGGACCAGCCAAUUUUCCUUUUUAUUUUCACACGUCAGCCAUCACUGACUGAGAGUCUGACUUCACUCUAUGGUACUCAAGGUGCUGGACACUAUCAGUCAAUACUGUGGUGUCAUGUGACCAAAGGAAAUAACAAUAACCAAGGUGGAGCACGUGUGUGUGUGUGUCUUUGAAAAGAGCUCCCGUCACUAUUUUUGGAAGGACAAUAUUUUAUACUGGACACAGUAAUGUUUGUCCCUUUGUGAGAUGUGCUGUUUGUUUCGACGGAUGUGAAAUGAAUGCAUUUCAUAUGGCAAUUUCAUGUAUGGCCAUUUGCACAAACCGGCCUUUUCCUGACGGUGUUCGUAUCACCAAGGUUCUGCAACGCAGCGUCUUGCGGGUCAACCUUAAUGUCACGUGGUCUCCGAGGGGCUGAUUCUAGCUUUUCACAUAUGAUAAGUCAAUCAUCUUGUAGAAUUAGAAAUGCAGCAUUGAUAGAGAUUCUUACUCCGGUAAGAACUACAGAAUGUUGGCCGUCUGCUUGAAGGAGCCAUUUCCAUUUCCUAAUGGGUGUAGAUACUGUCCAGUGUUGAAGUAUGUUCCAGAUGAACACUACAGAAUGAUUUUCUGAGAUUAUGCAUCAGUCCAUAUUCAAUGUAUUUUUGAAAAUGAGUCGGCGUAACAGCAAAAUUCUCUUUUAAUGGAAACUGAGAUUUUGUCAAUUGGAAAAAAAAAAGAUGGAUUUUCUGUUUGUGUUUUCAUAUGAUGUAUAUAGAUGCAGAUAUAUAUAUCACAGCAUACGGUGAAAUGUAAAGGUUCCACUAUUUCUCAUGUUGUCUGCAUACACUUCAAAAGAAAAUUAUUUUUUCAUCUUUUAUCAGUGGUGCUUGUGGAAUCAUGGAUAGGAUUUUUUUUCUUUUCUUUCUCAGGUUCUUUGACUUGAUUUUAUUUUCAGAAAUAGUUGUGAAGGGCCCGCCCCUUCAUCAACUGAAGCUCUUGAAUAAUCCCAUUAUUUUGGAAGACUGUUUUCAUACUUACACUGCACUAUUAAAAUGUAAUGUUUUGAAUCUC